UUGCAAAACAAUCAAUUUAUUUAUUUGUAGAUUAUUUUCAUUCUUUCUAGCUUCGAAGGCUUGUGUGUAAAGGUGAUUAGGCCUUACUAUUAUGAUCAGGGGUGAUCCGUUGCUGGUGAUGUCAGGAGGUGUUUCUCUCCUCUGCCAUAGAGGGUGAAGCUCUCGCCCCACAUUCUAGACUCUUGGAAUGCAUAUCUUUUUGCCUGUCUCAUGUGGAAGAUGAGUCUGACUACUUUGAUCUUAUUAGGUUGCUUGAGAACCCAUCAUCUGGUUCCCCCUUUUGUUGCGCCAAUCUAGUAUUUAUGAUAUUCGUCUUUUACGUAAUCACUUUCAAUCGAUAAUUUUACCGUCAUUCAUAGGAAAUCUAACUCUGUCACAGAUUCCUCAGCUCGGAGAGCCCUGUUGAUUUUGUAUGAAACAGUUCCCUCCAUUCAGUGUCUGAUGGAGAACUAUAAUCCUUCAUCUCCCUGUUUCACACUUCCAAAUGAUUUGUCUGCUUAAAAAAAAAAAAAAAAAAACCAAAUGCUCCAAAACGUAUUGUGGUGAUUAAUGUUUCCAUGGUGUCCAAUCUGGUAAUUUUGCCCAAAAAAGGAGGGUAGUGCGUUGGCGACUUCCUCAAGUCCACCCACGAUGUGCUGUAGUUUUAUUAGUCAAAACUGUCAAAUAUCAACACACGCACGGCUCGGGGAACAUGAGUCGUGCUUUGGAUUGGCGCGAACCUAGAGAGAUUUGCCGGUGGAUGGUGACCUUUAACAGGAAAAAGGAAGAGAAAAGUAGCCAGGGGUUGAACGUUGAACUUUGAACUUUGAACUCUCGGUCCAAUUUAUGAAGAUUGCGCGCCUCAGUGGUGCUCGGCGCACUUUCACACUUUCCAAACCGCCGGCGACAAUUGAACCUCGCAGCACUGCGGCGCACAUAGUCAUUAGGGCAUUCUCUGCCCUGACAGUUUCAAAGGGUACGAAAUUUGAUCCCAAAAUGGCGCUUAGUUUUGAGGUAUUGGGCAGGUUCAAUCGCGCUCGUGCUGCUCAACUGACACUUCCUCAUUGGGUGUGCCAGACGCCCCUAUUUAUGCCUGUAGGCACACAAGGGACAAUAAAAGGAUUAACAACAAGCCAACUUGAGGAAAUUGGUUGCCAACUAAUACUUGGGAACACAUACCAUUUGGCGCUUCGUCCAAGUUCGGAGCUUAUUGAUGAAUUGGGGGGUCUUCACAAAUUUAUGAAUUGGCAAAGAGCAUUGCUUACUGACUCUGGUGGCUUUCAAAUGGUGUCAUUGUUGCAUUUAGCUGACAUUACUGAGAAAGGAGUAACAUUUCAGUCACCUGUUGAUGGAAAACCAAUGCUUCUAACGCCUGAGGAAUCAAUAGAAAUCCAAAAUAGAAUUGGAGCAGACAUCAUAAUGGCCCUUGAUGAUGUUGUGAAAACCACCAUCACUGGUCCUAGAAUUGAGGAGGCUAUGUAUCGCACUCUUCGUUGGAUAGACCGAUGUAUUGCUGCUCACAAGAGGCCCCAUGAGCAAAACCUUUUUGGAAUUGUACAAGGAGGAUUAGAUCCUGUGCUUAGGGAUAUAUGUGUUAGAGGCUUGGUUGAUCGCAAUUUACCUGGCUAUGCUAUAGGUGGUCUUUCAGGUGGUGAAGAUAAAGAUUCAUUCUGGCGUGUUGUUGCUCAGUGUACUGCUGCAUUACCUGAGGAUAAACCACGCUAUGUUAUGGGUGUUGGAUAUCCCCUUGAUAUUGUAGUUUGCAGUGCCUUAGGUGCUGACAUGUAUGAUUGUGUUUAUCCUACACGAACUGCUCGGUUUGGCACAGCUCUUAUACCUGAGGGGGUGUUGAAAUUAAAACACAAAGCUAUGGCAGAGGAUGUUCGCCCUAUUGACACUACAUGCGAGUGUAUGGUCUGCAAGAACUAUACAAGAGCAUAUAUCCAUUGCCUUGUUACAAAAGAUGCUAUGGGAUCUGAGCUAUUGUCAUACCACAAUUUGUUUUAUAUGAUGAAGCUCAGCAGAGAUCUACACAUGUCAAUAAUCAAAGGAUGCUUUCCAGAGUUUGUAUGCGGGUUCCUCCAGAGAAUGGUACUUGUUAGUGAAGGGUACAGAUUGUGGUGCUGCCUCAGUCAUGUGCUUGAUGUAAACCUUGAUACCCCUCAACAGAGUUUUCUUACCCAAGUUCUUUCCGAAAUCUCUUGCUCGAAUUACAAUGCAUAAUCUUCCAUUGAACCUCCCACCUGACGAUAAAUCAUGUAAUGCUUCUUUGUAUUCUAGAUUUCUUAUUUCCAAUUUUCCAUGUAGUCCUUUGUGCCCUGAACCAUGUGGAAGGGUGCUGCUUCUAGUAAGAACUGGGGGUUCAGUGAAUAUGGUUGCAAUCACAUAUGCAUCAUCCUCCUAUAACAAGUGAAUGAUGUUCAAGAUUUGUGGUUACUAAUUUCUAUUUGACACAAAAGGGAUGGGGGUUUCUCACCCUUUGGAUUUUGCUCUAUUUCUGUGUUUUCAAAAAUUGUGUAUGUAUUUUGGAUCAUUUUGGUUUCCAUAUUGCUAGAAGUAACUAUUAUUCAUCAAGAAAAUAGAAAAAAAGCCAUUGGUCACACUAUUUGAUUUGCAUUUUCUGGAAGUUAAUUUUACAGAAUGUCGUAUAUUAAUUUGACAGAAUGUCUUAUACUCUACGUGGUAAUUGUUCUCAAAAAAUGAGAUGUAAAAAUGAUUACCGGAAUGAUGUCUGUGAAAUUUGGAUCAUUCCAAGCUAGUUUGGGUCGAAUUGCUUGGAUUUUAGUUGGGUAAGGCCGUAAGGGCACUGGCUCGAUGCAAUACUUUCUGGAGGCUUGUGUUGGGCUGAUAUUGGGCCUGCAAGGCCGAGCAAAUGUAGCUUUGGUCACUCACACUUAAGCUUCAGAGAUUUCAAAAUUUAGUGCUCCAGUGAUUUCUUUGUAUCUGCUCCCCCAUCUAAUGGCCACAUGAUAAAAGUAGUCAAAUGGUAGACAUUCUGUGCUGUAUCCUUCCCUGUAACCCCAAUUAGUUCUUUCAUCUAAUUUGUAUAAACGGUUUCUUCCUUGGCCACCUGCCCAAACUUUGCAUGACUAUUUUUUUCUGGUCAUCUCGUUCUGAGCUCUAACUUGCUCUACCCAAAUGAUAUUUCUGUUUGUUAGAAUUGAUAGAUUCCUUUAUUUUAAUCUCAGGUUGACUUUUGAACCAUUUUUCUA